CCCACACCCCCAUGUUCCAUUUUUCCAUUUUUCCUGCCGACCUACUCCCCCUCCAUCCUCUCUCGCUUCUCCCUUCUCUCCUUUCUCAUCUAAUAAUUCAUCUCUAUUCUUUCUCAUCUCAUAAUUCAUCUAUCACAUACUUGGACGUAAUAAUUUUUUCCCCAAUUUUUCCAUGUGUGCAUGCUUAUAAAUGUUUGGAUGGUGAAUCUGCGCAUCUCCGGCGACCGCCGAUGGGCGGUGGCGAAAAUGUUGCAGAGGCAAAGGUAGCUGUGGAGAUGGUGACGGAGGCGCCGCCAAGAAGCGUCCAGUGUAUGGCAGCAACGUCGGUCAGUGGUGGAAGAGGCGACUCCGAUGAUGACAUUGGUGGCGGUGACAGGUGGUAGAGCCACCAGCGGCAGAGGCAAACGACGCGGCGGCGGAAUCGGACGACGCGGCGGCGGCGGACGACGCGGCGGCGGCGGACAUUGCUGCGGUGGCGGCAGUGGCGGACGGCGCGGCGGCGGCAGAUGACGCGGCAGAGGCAAUAAUGGAUUAUGGACCGGCGGCGGCAGAGUAGGUGUUUAUUGGCCUGAGGGUUGUGUGCGCGAUUAUCUGUUGUACAUGUACUGUUUGUUUUAUAUAUUUUGAUUUAAAAUAUUAAUAACAAAUGAACUGCAGAUUCAUUAAGGGCAUUUAUGUCAGGUCAUCCUUUUUACUCU